CAAGAUCGCAUGAUCCGGCAGCCGGCGCCAGCGCAGUUCGUCCAUGACCACCUCGAGGUCCUCGGCUUUGGGAGUCCGCGGGCAGCGCUCGUCCAGACGGUCAAGGAGCUCUUCGAGAAUGCGCUCGACGCGGUCGGGGACAACGGGAUGAUCCGGCUCCACCUGCGCCGGAACGGCGACUACCUCGAAGUCGUCUGCACCGACAACGGCACGGGCAUGCACGUGAACCACAUCGCGCAGCUCUGCGGCGGCGUCUUUGCCACGACCAAGGGCGUCGGCCAGAUUGGCAAGUUUGGGCUGGGCCUCAAGGCUGCUCUCCUCUACUCCCAGGAGCACGUCGCCGCAUCGCAUGGCGGCCUCCAGGUCACGACGACGCUCCACUCGCGCGAGAUUCACUCGACCAAGCUCUACAUUGACACGGCGGCCUCAAACGCGAGCUCGGUUAGCGCGGUCCUUGCCGAGACCAAACAGUUUGCCAUCUCGGAGGCCCACGAAGCCUUUUCCGGCACCGAAGUCCGGCUGCACCUGCCGCUGCCCGAUCCCGCGGCCUUGGACGAUGCGAUGCGCGUGCUCUCGCCGUACUUUUCCGCGCUUCGGUACUCGAUAGCAAGCGAUCUCGCAGUCGACGUUGUCGUGUCGAGCGACCUCGGGCAACCUGUGCACUUGCAGCACGUGCCAACGCCGCUGGACCCGAUCGACCGAUUCUUGUGCGACGUGGGCAGCGCCUAUGACGGUAUUGUCCACGUCGAGGACACUAUUGGUGACGUGUGCAUCAACGUUUUGGCGCACGUCCGCCCUUUGGUGUCUGCGUCGGCGUCGGAUGAAGGGAUGCCGCUGCAUGUGUACCGGUAUGGCAACCACGUACCUCUCCUCGACGACGGCGACCUGAGCCAGUGCGCAAUCUCGAGUGUCAUCUUGCGCAGCAGCCUCUGGAAGCCGCUCGGGUUCAAGUGCGCGCUUCGUGGCCGGGCUUUCGUGCUGACGCGACCGGGUCUCGACGCUGAAGACGACGUUGCUUUCGAGCUCGUUCUUGUCGUUGACGUGGCGACGACCGCACUCAAGUAUUGCUCGCUUACAAAGACGAGCUUGGAUCGAACGUACGAAGACGGUAUUGACCGCGUGCUUGUGGCCGGGCUGGAGAAGCUGCAGGCGCUGCACCCACAUCGCCUGACGCCACUCUCGCUCCUCCGCGGCCAUCGCGCGUACACGGAAUAUGUGCCCUUGAUCGCGACGGCGGUCACGGCCAUGGUGCAAGCGUCCACGAGCCACGUGCACUUGGACGCAGCGCACUUUGCGCCUGGUGGCUUUCUCUUUGCGGUGGCGUCGCCGUCCGACCUCGAGGCGCGUUUGGUGGCCAAGAUGCGGCAGCUGCUGGCGCCGUCUUCUCUGGCACCGCCGGCUCCGAUGCAAACACCAAAUGAAUGAAAAUUGAGCACACGAGUUGGAUAACUUAGGACACACAAAGACGAUACUACGAGAGACGACUAGAGUAGGUUGAACAAGAGCGCUUCAAACUUUCGGGCGCGUCGGUGCUUGGCCGCGUUUGCUCGCGCGUCGUACGGGUGGUACCGGUACC